CCCGGGGGCAUCCAGCAGAGCGUGGGCAGCCGGGCCUGGCGGGUUGUGCUGCGCCUCUGCUCCGCCCUGCUGAGGCCUCACCGGGAGCCCUGUGCCCAGCCUGGGCUCCCACAGGGACAGGGAGCGGCUGCAGAGAGGCCAGGCCAGGGCUGCCAGGGUGCUCAGCAGAUGGGGAAAGGCGGCGGGCGCUGGGGCGGGUCAGCCCGGAGGAGGCGGCGGCAGCGCACCGGGCCGCGGCGACGGCCGCGUCUCCACGGGAACGGCCCCUCCCGGCUGCCGUAGCCGCGCGCGGCCGCCUGUCCCCGUGACCGGAAGCGGCGGCUGAGGCACAGCGGAAGCGAUGGAGCCGGCGAAGAUGGCGUCUCCCAAGAGCGCGCCCAAAGACGCGCAGGUGAUGGCGCAGAUCCUCAAGGACAUGGGCAUCACGGAGUACGAGCCUCGGGUCAUCAACCAGAUGCUGGAGUUCGCCUACAGGUAUGUGACCACCAUCCUGGAGGACGCCAAGAUCUACUCCAGCCACGCCAAGAAACCCAGCGUGGACGCGGACGACGUGAGGCUGGCCAUCCAGUGCAGGACAGACCAGUCCUUCACCUCCCCACCUCCCAGAGACUUCCUGUUAGACAUUGCGAGGCAGAAGAACCAGACGCCGCUGCCGCUCAUCAAGCCGUACUCCGGGCCCAGGCUGCCCCCUGACAGAUACUGCCUGACAGCUCCCAACUACAGGCUCAAGUCCUUGCAGAAGAAGGUCUCCUCCACGGCAGGAAGAAUCACAGUCCCUCGCCUGAGUGUUGGUGCUGUGAGCAGCAGGCCCAGCACUCCUACCUUAGGUACCCCUUCAGCACAGACAGUGUCAGUCUCAGCAAAGGUGGGCACCCCGGUGUCGCUGACGGGCCAGAGGUUCACGGUGCAGAUCCCCUCGUCCCAGGCAGCAAAGGCAGCCACCCCAACUACCCCCACAGUUCAGAAUGUCCUGAUUAAUCCCUCGUUAAUUGGCCCCAAGAACAUUCUCAUUACCACAAACAUGGUGCCAUCCCAGAAUGCAGCCAGCGAGUCCAACCCCCUGAAGAGGAAGCACGAGGACGACGAUGACUACGACAACCUGUGAAGGGGCUGUGCAGGGAUCCCCAGGGGCUUGGGCAGGCUGCUGCCAGGAGGUUGUGAGCAGGGUGAGGGUGUGUAAAUACUCUGACUCUGUGGGCUGGGGGGUGCAGUGAGAGCUGACAAAGCCCCUCAGUCCUUCCAGCAGCCUGUGGUGCCUUCAGAGCCCGGGCAGCAGCGAGCACUGUGUGUGGUUACACAGGAGAAGUGUCUCUGCUCCUCUUCUGUCCCUGUUUGUGCCAGCCCUGGCCCUGCUGAGCCAGGAGCUGCUUGUGCCAAGUAAAAGCAGUUUGUACAGAA